UCUAAAUUUUAUUGCCACAUUUUGCAUCAAAACCAGUAGUUUUGUUUUUGACUUUUUUGAGAACAUGGAAAUUGGGAUAGAGGAUGAGAUGGUGGACAUGUCAACGUCACCACCAUCAAAUGGUUCCAUGAAGAUAGCAAGGAGCAAUGACUUUGGUCACAACAACAAGGAGUUUAUGUCUAAGGAAACAUACCUUAGGAAUAGGUACUCAGAAAUUGACAUAGAAGUUGAUGAUUCAAUUUUCAACCAAAAUCACCCUCUCCCCAUAUUUCUAAAGUUUGAAGAUGUAGAGUAUAAGGUGAGAAAUAGCCAAUCAAUUUCAAAUAACCCUGUGAAGGCAAUGGUAUCAAAGGUAGCCACACAACACACAGUGGAAGAAGAUAGAUACAAGAGGAUUUUGAAGGGCAUUACUGGAAGCAUUGGCCCUGGUGAAAUUCUUGCUCUAAUGGGUCCCUCUGGCAGUGGAAAAACAACCUUGUUAAGAGUUAUAGGUGGAAGAUUGCUUGACAAUGUAAAAGGAAAAAUAACUUACAAUGAUGUUAAAUAUACUCCAUCUGUUAAAAGAAGGAUUGGUUUUGUGACACAAGAGGAUGUGCUUUUCCCACAAUUAACUGUGGAAGAAACAUUAGUCUUCUCAGCAUUUUUAAGGUUGCCAACCAAUAUGAACAAGCAGCAAAAAUAUGCAAAAGUGGAGACAACUGUCAAGGAGCUAGGCCUUGAAAGAUGUCGACACACAAAAAUAGGUGGAGGAUUUCUCAAAGGCAUAUCAGGAGGAGAAAGGAAAAGAACAAGCAUAGGCUAUGAAAUUCUUGUUGAUCCUUCAUUGCUUCUACUUGAUGAACCAACUUCAGGCCUUGAUUCUACCUCAGCAAACAAACUCCUUGUCACACUUCAAGGACUUGCUAAGGCUGGAAGGACUAUAAUCACAACAAUACACCAGCCAUCCAGCAGAAUCUUUCACAUGUUUGACAAACUUCUUCUGAUAUCAGAAGGCUAUCCUAUUUACUAUGGAGCUGCUAGAGAAACAAUGGAGUACUUUUCAUCCUUGAGGUUCAGCCCUGAAAUAGCAAUGAACCCUGCAGAGUUCUUGCUUGACAUGGCAACUGGUGAAGUGAACGACAUAAGUGUUCCAACAGAUAUUUUUGAAGAUCAAGAAUCUACUCAUGACCCUUCAGAAGCUGUUAUUAAAUAUCUACAACUCAAGUACAAAACUCUACUGGAGCCAAAAGAAAAAGAGAAUCACAGAGGAGUAAACACACCAGAACAUCUUCAAGUAGCCAUUCAGGUUAAGAAAGAGUGGACAUUGAGUUGGUUGGACCAAUUUGUGAUUCUUUCAAAGAGAACAUAUAGAGCAAGAUGCAAAGACUAUUUUGACAAGUUAAGACUAGUUCAAGCACUUGGAGUAGCCCUUUUGUUAGGGCUACUUUGGUGGAAAUCUUCAACCAACACAGAAGCUCAACUCAGAGAUCAGGUUGGUUUAGCAUUCUACAUAUGUAUAUUCUGGACAUCUUCAUGCAUUUUUGGAGCAGUCUAUGUGUUUCCAUUUGAAAAGUACUACUUGAUAAAAGAAAGAAAAGCUGACAUGUAUAGAUUAAGUGUAUACUAUGUAUGCAGCACUUUAUGUGACAUGGUAGCACAUGUUUUCUAUCCAACAUUUUUCAUGAUUAUUGUCUACUUCAUGGCUGGAUUUAAGAGGACUGUGGCUUGCUUCUUUCUCACAUUAUUUGUUGUUCUACUAAUAGCUAUAACAAGUCAAGGUGCAGGAGAAUUGUUUGGAGCUGCAGUUAUGAGUAUUAAAAGAGCAGGGAUGGCAGCUUCUUUGGUACUAAUGUUAUUCCUCCUAACUGGUGGCUACUAUGUUCAGCACAUACCAAAAUUCAUGCAAUGGUUAAAGUAUCUUUCAUUUAUGUACUAUGGUUUUAGGCUUCUACUAAAAGUGCAAUAUUCAGGAGAUGAAUUAUAUGAUUGUGAAAGCAAAGGAGGGUGUAGGCCUCUACAGAGUUCACCAACAUUUGACACUGUAAACUUGAAAGGUGGAUUAAAAGAAGUUUGGGUUAUGGUAGCUAUGGCUAUAUGCUUUCGUUUGUUAGCUUACUUUUGCCUCCGUAGAAGAAUUGAUGUCUGAAAUUAUUAAUCUUAAUUAUUCUAUGAUCAUCAAGUUUGUUGAUUGAGAUUAAUGUUAUUAGUAAUUUAUCUCAUUUGCAUUAAUUGAGUUAGGGGUGUAUUAUGUAUGUCAACCCACUUGAAGUUGGAGGCAAAAUUAAUAACUUUAUUUAUUAAGAUGUAUUUUUCAAUUCCAAC